AUGCCCAGGGCUGGUAUCUACGUCCUGACCCUCGUGGACUGGUAUGCGUCGGUGCCCCCUGUGAUGCUGUUUGGGGUGGUAGAGUGUCUGGUCCUGGCCUGGGUGUUUGGUGUAUGGAGACUGGAUAAGUGUACGGUGGAGAUGUACGGACAGACUAUUCCAAGAUGGCUGAUCUUCCUCAUGAAGUACAUCACACCUGGACUUCUCAUGGUUAUAUUUGGGUACGCCUUCUACGAAUACCGGCCUCCAAAAUAUGGCACUUACUUCUAUCCUGAGUGGGCAACCGCUAUUGGUUGGCUUAUAUCGGCGUUCAUGAUUGUGCCGACGCCUUGUUGGAUGGUGUACUGUGUAUGGAAGUCCAGAGGGGACACAUUCAAACAGAAACUGGUGAACGCAUUCAUUCCGCAAGAUAUAUCGUCGGAUGUAUCACUAGAAGACAGAGGUGAAGAACAAGAAGCCCUGAACGUUGUCAUGUAAUCUCCUGUUCCGUGUCACCAAUUUCUAUUACCCAGCGUGAUACAUUUUCAUUCUACUGUGAUCGAUACACUGGACUCGUUUGUGGACAUAUUCUCGUUCACAAAGUGCUGUACGGGGGACGUCCCAAAAGUUUCCGGCCUGCCUAAUACGUAUUUUUCAACAUAAUCCCCUUCACUUAAAUGGACUUGUUCCACCUUUUCUCCAGCAUAUUUAACCCGUCUGAAAACCAUUGUUUGUCUCGAGAACCUAAAACUCCACACAAAACAGCGAUGACCUCCUCAUCCGCCUCACAUUUGCGACCCUGCGGACGUAUUCGAGAUGAGGGAAGAGGCAGAAGUCAGAAGGGGCUAGAUCUGAAGAAUAACCUGGGUGAGGGAGGAUUUUGACGCCAGAGUCCUGUGUAGCACUCAAUGCCACUUGGGCCGUGUGAACUGGAGCAUUGUCCCGGAGGAGCCAGACACCACAGCCCUUUUCUCUCGCAACCUACGGAAUUCAUCAGCGUAAUAUGCAUCAUUUAUUGUGGAACCCUUCUUUAGAUAGUCUAUCAUGAUUACGCCCUCAGAGUCCCAGAAAACGGAGGCCAUGACUUUGCCACUGGAAAACGUUCCUUUAAACUUUUUUGGGCAUUGGUGACGUCACGUGUUUCCACUGCAUACUUCGACUUUUUGUCUCUGGGUCAAAGUGAUGAACCCAGAUUUCAUCCUGAGUAACAAUAUGGCCCAUGAAAGCACGUGGAUCUCUCCGAUAGUCCUUAAGAAG